AUGGUCCGAUUUCCUACCCUCGCCGGACCUGCGAAAUUCGCUGUUUCGGCAUUGUGCACGUACCGGCUGUCGCAUCCGACUUUAAUACUGUCCAACGCAGCUAACACAACCUGUUGGAAGGCCUGUCUGCGUUAUCCCCAAGGAACGGCUCGGAGCUCGAUCUGUCGGGAACGACAAAGGUCGAAUGGUCCUCCUCAGAGUGGCUCCGACCCUUACACCUUUAACAUCUAUCUUCUCAACAAGGACAUAAUCCCCAGCUUGUAUCUGAAAAUCGCAUCCAACCUAACAACCUCGGACGAUGAGUACACAUUCGACAGCGUUGACGUUCUUCCUGGAUCCGGUUACAUCUUCGCCUUCAAAGAUGUCUCAUCCAACAAUACCCUCGCUCAGUCCGGAGAAUUCAGCAUUGUCGUUCAUGCAGAUAGUACCACUGCUUCAGUGGCCACCUCUACGGCCACGGCUACAAGCACUGGUACAGCGACGGGCUCAAGCACUGAUGCGCAGACUGGGGCUGGAGCACGCACUUUCGGGCUGCCCGUUGCUGAGGGUGCGAUGAUUGUUGUUGUCGGGAUGAUAUUUGCGCUACAAGGGAACCCUUGA